UCUACGCACGCUUGACGCUGUGUCUCACGGCUCCACACUCUGCCUCUCUAGCUUCUUCUCUUCCAAUCCAACCACAAGAACCAGACAGCUGCUAAACAAAACCAUACCCACAAGAGAGAAGAAACAGUAUUACAAAUUUUCAAUCCAACUCGGCGGCACACCCACCACCUCAAAUCAGCGGCGCUUCUUCUCUUCCAAUCCAACUCGGCGGCGCCACCCACAAUCUUCAGCUGAUGUAAUUGUGGGUGGGUAAAAUUGGGCUGUAGAGGUGACGGUGAUUUCUCCCGCCUUUCUUGAUGGAUUUACAAGAAGUGUACCAAUCAAGAAAAAGAGAAAUUAUAAGAAUGACGUUGGAAGGGAAAUUGCUGAAAAAUUGGCAAAGGAAGCAAAGAAGAAUGAGCUGAUAUUGAGUUCUUCAGGCACUAUCAAGAGCCUUGGGUGACUACUGCCUGAAGGAAUUUGGGGUUAUUUCUGUGCCAGAUGUGACAUAAAGGAACAUAACUAGUAGAGAUAAAUUGGUCAUAUUGGCAACAUAUGGGCUACGGGAAGUUAUUUCCAACCAAGGAGCUGUACAGAUUGUUUCUUUAGCAUCUGUUAAUGAAAAGUUAGCUUAAAGGCUGGUGGACAGCAUCUCAGCUAUUUUUGCCUCUUCUUUCACACUUCAACCUCUCAACCAAUCAACCCUAUUCAAGUCUCAAAACAGGUUGCAUGAGAAAAGCUAGGUGGUGUAAACCCUUAUCUGAGCAAACUCUUAAAGGGUACCUGUUAACCAGAUCACGCAAACCCACUAUAUAAUGAUUUAGUAUUUGAAUUUUCAGCCAAUUCUUCUUUCUUCUUCUUCUUUUAACUGUUACAUGGGUGUGAGUGCCGCCUCUAUACUCAACCACAUUCUUUACAGCCGAACCCACAAGCCCCAAACUCAACCUACUAGCGCCAAAGCCUUAACCAACACCAUCUUCACUCACCUCAAAGCGGGUCGUCUCCAAAAAGCUGUCUCCAUUCUCUUUGCUGCUCCAGUACUUUUCCCUUAUUCCCUUUAUGCCAGUCUCUUCCAAAUUUGUGCUUCUAAUCAUGCCAUUGUUGAAGCUCGGAAGGUCGAGUCCCAUCUGGUCACCUUCUCCCCUACACCACCAGUGUUUCUCCUGAACCGAGCGAUUGAGACUUAUGGUAAAUGUGGAUGUUUAGUUGAUGCAAGGGAGCUGUUUGAGGAAAUGCCUCAAAGAGAUGGGGGGUCUUGGAAUGUGAUGAUUACGUCGUAUACACAAGGUGGGUAUCCUGAGAAAGCCUUGUCAUUGUUUUCGGACAUGAAUAGAUCAGGAGUUUAUGCGAGUGAGGUCACUUUUGCAAGUGUUCUUGGGUCUUGUGGUGCAACGUUGGCACUUUGUCUUUCGAGACAGGUUCAUGGGCUUAUUGUGAAAUAUGGGUUUGUUGGGAAUGUAAUUUUGGAGAGUUCACUUGUUGAUGUAUAUGGCAAAUGCCAGGUUAUCAAAGAUGGCCAAAGAAUGUUUGAUGAGAUUAAAAAUCCAACUGCUGUUUCUUGGAAUGUGAUUGUAAGGCGGUAUCUUGAGAUGGAUGAUGGAACAAAGGCGGUCUUUAUGUUUUUUAAGAUGUUCCAGACUGCUGUUAGGCCCUUCAACUUUACAUUCUCUAAUGCACUUAUUGCUUGCUCAAGUAUAUCUGCACUAAAGGAGGGGAAGCAAAUUCAUGGAGUCGCAAUUAAAAUGGGUCUUGAAGAUGAUGAGGUUGUUUCAAGUCCUCUCAUGGAUAUGUAUAUCAAGUGUGGGAAAUUAGAGAAUGCUCAUAGGGUGUUUGAACAGCUAAGUUCAAAAGAUUUAAUUUCUUGGACUUCAAUUGUAUCAGGGUAUGCUAUUAGUGGGAAAACUAGGGAGGCAAGGGAGCUUUUUGAUCAGAUGCCUGAACGCAAUGUGAUAUCUUGGAAUGCAAUGUUGGCAGGGUAUACCCGUUCCCUCCAAUGGGAAGAGGCUCUGGACUUGGUAUUUUUUAUGCGCAAUGCAACUAAAGAUAUUGACUAUGUCACAAUUGGGUUAAUAUUAAAUGUGUGUGCUGGGCUUUUAGAUGUUGAAAUGGGAAAACAGGUCCAUGGUUUUAUAUACCGAAAUGGUUUCCUUUCCAAUCUCGUUGUUGGCAAUGCCCUUCUUGACAUGUAUGGUAAAUGUGGUAACUUAAGAAGUGUCAGAGUUUGGUUUUACCUAAUAAUAAGUCAAUGGAGGGAUAGUGUUUCUUGGAAUGCUUUAUUGACUAGCUAUGCUCGUCACGGCCUUAGUGAACAAGCAAUGACAAUAUUUUCAGAGAUGCAAUGGGAGACAAGACCAAGCAAGUUCACGUUUGGAACCCUUUUGGCUGCUUGUGCAAAUACUUUUUCUCUUGAGCAUGGCAAACAAAUUCAUGGAUUUAUGAUUAGAAAUGGUUAUGAGAUGGAUGUUGUGAUCAGAGGAGUUUUAGUAGACAUGUACUCAAAAUGUCGUUGUCUUGAGUAUGCUCUCGUAGUUUUUUUAGAGUCAGCGUCACGGGAUGUAAUUCUUUGGAACUCCAUAAUUUUUGGAUGUUCUCACAACCGAAAAGGUAGGGUGAUACUUGAAUUGUUUGGGUUGAUGGAGGAGGAAGGUGUAAAAGCAGAUCAUGUCACAUUUCAAGGUAUUUUGCUUGCUUGUAUAUAUGAAGGCCUAGUUGAGUUGGGAACACAGUAUUUUUAUUCAAUGAGCAAUAAGUACUAUGUCAUGCCUCGGUUGGAGCACUAUGAGUGUAUGAUUGAACUCUAUAGUCGGUAUGGGCACAUAAAUGAGCUGGAGAAAUUCAUUAAGAGGAUGCCUUUUGAACUCACUGUUCCAAUGUUGACAAAAGUCUUUGAUGCUUGUAGAAAAUAUGAAUGCUUGAGGUUGGGAGAGUGGGCUACUAAACGACUUAAUGAAUUGAAUCCUUCAAUGGAACUAAAAUUUCAAAUCAUGGACAGGGAGAGGAAGUAAUCACUGUAAAUGAAGAUUGAAAGUCUCUUGGAUUGGCCAAGUGUUUUUUAUUCCCUUCUCAAAUGGAAGCUAGUGGAGUGUGACAGUGAUGGGGGGAUGAUAAGGAUUUGGAAGACAACCUAGUGGAUAUGUGGAGAACUUUUAGGGUAUCGGAGGUGGAAGGGACUGCUAUACUAUUGGUGGAGACAAAACCCAAAGCACUGAAAGAGAAGGGUCAAUUUAGUCUGCUGGCUAAGCUUUUCACUGAUAAGAGAUUUAUUGGGAAAACCAUGAAAACAACUCUAUGCAACCUGUGGAACCCUAAAAGAGGUGUAAAAUGUAAAGAGUUAGUGACAACCUUUUACUCUCUGCUUUCAACGAUAGAUAUGAUUCGGUGAGAUUCGUAAGAAUGAGCCCUUGGUAGCAGACUUUGUAACUUCUAAGUGAAGAGGUUUUUGAUUUCUUGAGGGGGGAGAUGACACAACAGAAGAUCAAAGAUCUUAAACAAUCAUUGAACUGUUUUGGUGGAAGGUUAAUGCAAAUCAACAAUUGGCUUUGCUUUGUUGAGUAUAUUAGCCUCAGCUGCUCUAUAUUUGCACUCACUAGCAGUUUCUCAUUCUUCCCUCUCUCACUCACGGUCAGCAGCUCCUGAAGUAGUUGUAAGCAGUGGCAAAACAACUUUCUGUUAUAGAAAUGUAGUUAGAAUGCACUCACCAGUGGAUUCUCAUUCUUCCCUAUCUCACUCACGGUCAGUGGCUCCUGAUGUAGUUGCAAGCAGUGGCAUAACAAUCGUCCAUGAAAGCUUUUACUAGACAGCUUUCGUAUUGCUGGAGGCACUUUCUUUGUUAUAUGUCCCAAGAUUGUUUGUUUAACAUUCAGAGUAAGCUUGGUCUGGUUGAGAUUGGAAGUAAAUAUAGGCAUUUGGAUUAAUGAGAAAACAAUGUAAUAUUCUUUUGCAGGUGCAUGGAACUGUAUAAGGUAGAAAUGCCCCAAGGUUGAAUGGUGAAGAUCAUCUGGUUUCUCAAAGCAAUUCCAAAGCAUGUCUUUAUAGGCUGGCUAAGGGUUCACAACAGACUGUCCACAAAAGACCGAAUGUUGUAGUGAUGUGCUAAUCUUGAUACCUAUUUUGUAAUUCUUCUAUCUCAAUGAGGAUGAGGUGAACCAUAAUGAGCUAGGUGCCGAAUAAAAUCCAAAGUUCCUUUGGCCUGAGAUUAUGCUCUAUGAUUAGAAAUCUGUUGUGUCUAGAUUGGCAUUGGGGUCUACUGUGUGUCAUAUUUGGCUUCAGAGGAAUGCUAGUAUUCAUCAAGGAAGACUACCUUUUGAAGAGGCUAUGGUCAAAAUGAUCAGGUGGGAAGUGAAGAUCAAAGUUGAAUGUAACAGUUACUGCAAUUCUAUUCAAAACAGGAGAAUAUGCUGUCUUUGUGGGGUAUUUCGUGUUCAUCAGAAUAGUAGCAGUUAAUGGUCCUUUUCUCCUUGAAUUAACAGAUUUGCAAAUUUAAUUUUGUAACGUUUAUGGUGCAAUGUAGAUUGUUUCUGUAUUGGUGUUGUAUUGUUUGGUUGUAUUUUGAACUGAUUGUACAUCUGUUUUUUUUUAAUGAAUUGCUCUUUCAUCCAAAACAGAAGAUUGCUUCUUCUUUUUUUCAUGGUUGUAUCUGCUCUGCAGUCUUUGUUA